CUCUCGUCAGGAGUUAAUGUGUGACAGGCCUGUGGAGUUAAUGAGCGAGGAUGUGACAGGUAGAGCUUGUUGUCUGGGAASUCACUUCAAGACCGAGGAGCGAAAACUCUGUGGAUUUUCUCUUGAGCCUCAGUUUGGGCUGAAGUUUCUCAGUGUUUACAUGUAUGGGCGUUACACCCAGGAGCUGGGGGUGUAUGCCAAGGAGGAGGCGGCCCGCCUGCGGGAUGGAGGCGUGCGGGACGGCGGUGGCCUGCGGAGGAACACCAGCGUUCGAAGCCGCACCGSAGACCUGCUGGAGUAUGAGAAAGAUCCCUGUGCAAAGUGCCAGGCCGACCUCUUGAAGCCUCCAUUCCUGGAUCAGCAGCCGCUGAUUUGUGUGCGCUCUCUGUCUGCGGNAGACCUGCUGGAGUAUGAGAAAGAUCCCUGUGCAAAGUGCCAGGAAAGUCACRUCUGCACCUUUGUUUUGUUCGUACUGCUGAAGGAAGAGCCCUUUGAGGGAAGCAAGAAUGAGCUGAGGAACACGGAGAUGCUGUCGGCUGCCUGUGCUGUGGGUGUUGGCUGCUGCUUUGCUGCGCCUAUCGGAGGUGUGCUGUUCAGUAUCGAAGUCACGUCAACGUUUUUUGCAGGGGUUGUUACCAAAUUUUUUUAUUUUUUUUUCUUAUUUUUGCGAGUGCCACAUCUAUGUUGUGGCGAGGGUUUGUUUCUGUYACACUCUGAACUGACGGACGGUUUUCCUGUCUGUCAGCUGACRCAGCACGAGUCUCUGGUUGCUCUGUUCGACAACCGCACCUGGUGUCGCCAGGGUGUGGCCGAGGAGUUUGACUACAUCAGCCACCAUCACGCCUGGAAACACCCCCAGGUCAACGUCUUCAUCACGCUCAUCCUCUUCAUCGUCAUGAAGUUCUGGAUGUCUGCUGUCGCCACCACCAUGCCGGUCCCGUGUGGAGCCUUCAUGCCCGUCUUUCUUAUUGGUGCAGCAUUCGGCAGAUUAGUUGGUGAAAUCAUGGCAACCAUGUUCCCCGAUGGCAUCCACGGAGAUGUGUAUCCUAUAGUUCCCGGUGGUUAUGCUGUUGUUGGGGCUGCAGCGCUCUCUGGUGCGGUCACUCACACUGUUUCCACAGCGGUCAUUGUGUUUGAGCUGACCGGUCAGAUCUCCCAUAUCUUGCCUGUGAUGAUCGCAGUGAUUCUGGCCAACGCCGUGGCACAAGCGCUCCAGCCGUCCCUCUACGACUCCAUCAUUCGCAUCAAGAAGCUCCCGUAUCUACCAGAGCUGGGGAUGGGACAUCACGAGAAGUAUAACAUCCGCGUAGAGGAUAUCAUGGUSCGAGAUGUGCGCUUCAUCACCUUGAAUUCUUCGUACAGAGACCUGCAGGAGAUGCUGCUGACAGGGCAUCUAAAAACCCUCGCCCUGGUUGAAUGUAGAGACUCCAUGAUCCUGCUGGGCUCCAUAGAGCGAUUGCAGCUCCAGUCGCUCCUGUCUCUCCAGCUGAGCCGCCAGCGGAGGCUCGAGUACCUUCGUCAGCUGGCCCAGGACAACGGUGCUCACGAUCCCCUGCCCAGCCUGACCUCCGACAGCACCCCCAGCUCCCCCUGCGCCCACGUUCACCUCAACACUCCCACCAACACCAGUGCUCGCCAAGUUGUCCGCUUCCUGGUGAGCACCCAGCAGAUCUCCACAGAGGAGUCUUCCUCCUUCAGCCCGGUGGCUUCCAACGCUCAGCUUCCUCUGAAAUCAGCCUUGAAAACCGUGUCGGCCAUCAGCGACGCAGAGACGCCAAACAGCUCACAGACCCUCUCCUGUGCGGAUCCGGACAACGAGCUGCUGGAGAGUCCGGCCGGGCCGGCGUCUCCUGACAAAACAAAGCCCAAGCCCAAAGGAGUGAGGAUCUCCAUGGCGGAGUCUUCUGAAGUGGAAGAUUGCAUGACUCCCUCAGAGAUAGCAGAGUGGGAGGAUCAGCAGCUUGAUCAGCUGGUGGAUUUCAAGAACUGCAAGAUUGAUCCCGCCCCCUUCCAGCUGGUGGAGCAAACGUCUCUGCACAAGACUCACACUAUCUUCUCUCUGCUGGGCCUGGGUCACGCCUACGUGACCAGCAUGGGACGGCUAGUUGGAGUGGUUUCUCUCAAAGAGCUGCGUAAGGCCAUCGAGGGCUCGGUCACAGUGACUGGAGUGAAAGUGCGCCCUCCUCUGGCCAGUUUCCGUGACAGUGGGAACAGCACGAGCGUAUCUGAGGUAACAGAACUACACAAGCUGUGCAUGCGUCACAGAGGGCUGUCUUUGCCACGGGAACCUAAGCCUCCGAAUGCGGCGAAAAAGCUGGACCUUUCGUUCAAAGACGUCCCCGUCAGCUUCUCAGACAAGACUGAUUUGCAGUUUGAAAACAGUGAUAACCAGUUGUCAGACCUCGUCCUUCAAGAAAGCCCCUCAUUCACCGAGGACCAAUCAGAGUUUACUUUUGACUGUAGCCCCUCUCACACUGAGGAGUCGGAGCUGGGCUGCGACCACGACCCCGCCGACCCCACGCCGGCGCCGGACGAGGUGGAGCAAGAGCACAGGAGUCCAACUCUAAACACGGACCAAUCAGAACCUGGGGGAGAGGGUAGCACUGUCCACACCAAGGACCAAUCAGAAGGCUAAUCUAAAACUUAUCUAUACUGUCGCCUCAUAAGUGUAUCUGUUUCUGAAAUUUGCAUCAGUCCAGCCUAGACACUUGUGUUUCUAACCCAGUGAUGUGAGCGAAUGUCUGUUGAUAGGGGAGGGUCGGUUUUAUUUCUUUUUUUUUAUUAAUUAUUAUUAUUUCUUUUUUUUGCCAUCAACAGAUCAUUUAUGAAAGACCAAAUAUUUCUGUAUUUUCAAAAGUGUCCGCAUCAAGGUUUGUUUAUYGUCGGAAAACAAGGAUGGUCCCAGACAAAUGUUGCAGAAAGCCUCCUUUCCCCCUCGUGUGCUGCUGAUAAAGUUUGUUAACGACAAACAGGAAAUCAGGAGGUGUGAAGUCAGAAAGCUUAAAGCACAAGGCUCACAAAUCACAGCUGAACAGCGAAACUGAAUUUUGCUGACCAAGUCACAAUGUAGGAAAAAAAAAAGCAACUUGGCCUCAACAGGGAAGAAAACUGUUAUUUGACUAAAAAUAAGUGUGAAGUGUCUAUUUAGGAGUAUUUGCAUUGUUGCAGGGGAGCAAUGCUGAGCUGGUAGAGAAACUCAACAAGGACUAGUUAGUGCCUAGAUUGGCUCCUGAUGUUAAUCAGAGUUCCUUCUGAAGUAGCUGSAUACUUGUGAGAUUAACAAACCCCUGAUCACAAGAAGAUCUUCUACAUCACAGUUGUGGAUAAAACGGGAUACCUGUUUCGUGAUUCGGGUCUAAAGAUUUCAGGUGUGUAAUCUUUUGCUGAAGUAAUUGGCUCGAGUCAUGUGAUUGGUUAAAAUAAGUCCUAUUGAUUGUAAGCAAAGGGGUGUCUGCUGAAGCAUUUGAGUGACUCAUUGGCAAAUGGCAAUAUGUUUAAUAUUACCCCCUAAACUUAUUCUUACUAUUAUUGGUCACAUCACAACUACACACUUCAAUGCAUUUUAUUGGGAUUUCAAGAGGAAAGAGAAAAAAUACUUUUAUUUAUGAAUGAAAUGCUUAAAAUGUGACAUCUGCCCAUUWAGUUUUGCUUUAAUCUGACCAGAGGCCCUUCUUGCCUCCUAGAGUGGCAAUUCAAAACUGCAAGCAUUUGUUUUAUUUUAUUUUUUUCUACUAAUAAUUGGUUUUUCCCUGAGGCGUUUGCAGCAUGGCUGUAUCCUCAGUGUUUAAAAUAAACAAAACACACCUGGACUCUAUUUUCUAACCAGGAGGCAAUUGGUCACACAUGAUUUUAUUUAGAGAAAUGGGUUGAUUAGAACAUACACAUUUUCAUAUUUUUGUAUCUUUUCCCUUUCAGUUCGCAAUUACAUGUUACUCUAUACUGGUGUCUUAAAAUCCCAUUAAAAUCUAUUAAUGUUUGUGGUUGCAACAAACAAAAAGUGUUAACAGUGAGAUCAGAGUGCAUGCGCCUAUUUCAUGAAGACAUAAAUAAAAAAAUGUGUUUGGUUCUUUUAUGGUCUAAAAAUCACGGUAAAUACAACAUCAGGUCAGAAACGGCUCAUAGCGCAUUACAUAUUGUCAGAACUCAGAACCACUGUGUGAAUAAUAUAUCCACCAUUAUUCAGCGAGCACUAAAUUUAACAGCAGUACCGUACAGUAAUUGUCUUUUCUGUGACUUCUUUAUAAUUUGCAGGYGGCAGUUCAKGCUCAGCUUCGAGAGCAUUUUAUUCAGGUUGAGGUCUGAAAUUACUGAGUACUAUUUUACAUUUUACACAGYGUGCUAAGAUUUUGGUGCAGCUUUCUGAUGUAGAUUUUAAAGAAUCGGUGUUCUAUAAGGUGAAACAUUAACUCUGUGAUAGAUAAUAUCAUAUACUUUAACUUAGGGUCUUUAUUUCUGCAUUAUGGUUCUCUGCCCGGGGUGGUAUUGUCUGGGGCGUGUCGUAUGCCUACGGUUCUGGGCUAAACAAGCCCACUCAUCCCUCCUCCAACACUGUGCCUCACAGUAGUGAGGUGUUUGCUGAGCUUGAUUGAUUUGACUGAAAAUGUUUUUUUUUUUUUUUUGCAUUAUAACAAAACAUCAGUGGCCUUAAUAAUGCAUUGUUCCAUAUAGUCUUGUGGUUUGUUUAAAUGUAGGACUCACAAGAGGUUGUCUCAUUGUGAAUUGUUUAAGCAACAUUUAUUUAUUUAUUUUACAAAAUGAAUUUGUUUAUUUGUUUGUGUUGAUAUUCGACACAAGAACACUCGCAACCUGCAACUUCCCCGAACGUCUGCUUUAAUCGGACGGUCCCCUUUGCUAUUUUUCAGGUAAUCUGGGACGUUUGAUAAGAAGCAACAUGCUGUUACUCAUCAUCUGCAUUUACAUAAAGCAGCAAUAUUUUUCCUGGUUUCUCACACAGUGUUUCUGCAUUUAAGCUUUGUAGAUAUUAAUUUAUGACACUAUAAGAUGUUAUGAGCCGCUACAUUUCAGCUGAGGCUAUUCACCRAAUUUUAAGACCUGUURAAGACUAAGCGAUGCUUUAUUACGUCCUCCUAACACAAAAAAAUGAGAUGGUGUCCACACCAUUUUUUAGUAAAUGAUAAUACGUGGUAAAUGUGUGCUAGCRCUAGUAUAGUUACGUCUGUUCCACGAGCACACGAAGCCCCAUUGUCUAAUUUUAGAGUACUUUGUUGUUUAAGUCUUUCAAAUUGGAUUUGUUGACAUUAACAUAUAACAACACCAGCUUUACAGUUUUAUAUYYGUAUGCGUGCGUGUGUAUGUGUUUUAGAUGUCUGCAUGUGUGAGCGACCAAAAACUUUCCAUAAUUAAAUCUGGUCCUACGUUGAAUUCGCCAAAACAAGAUCCUGUUGAGUGGGAGCCAACAAAAAGUGCAUGGAAUCAUUGGCUCCUGUGCGAAUAAUGUGGGCUAAAAACUGAAAAGAGCGAAUAACACUGAAAGCACAGAAUGACAAGGGAAUUACUGACAUAAGCACACGAUGGUAUUGAUCCAAACUACCUAAUGUACGAGCAAURCACAAAUCUAAGAGUCUCUGUCCAUGACUAAUAACAACAUGUGUUAUUGGUUUAUGUGUCAAAUGAAAUGCAAUACGUCCAUGUUAUUAAUAAAGCAAAGGGAAAUUGCAGACUGUAUUAUUUAAGGUA